AUGUGGCCGAACCGAGGUGGUUUUCAUCCCAGGGAUUCAUAUAAGACUAAUUGCUUGCCAGUAUUGGAUAAAUGCUCUUCGCCUCGUAAAACGUGGCUAAUUUUCAUUAAGCGGUCGUCAACCACACACGCAAAAUUGAAAUUUGGGAUGCCAUUUUGGCGAAAAAGCACAAAAUCCUCAAUGUCUUGGCUCCGAAAAUUAACUUCCCCUCGCACUAAAUCAGCAAAAGA